UUCGGGGUGACCCUAGAGGGGCGGGAACUCAGGUCCGGUGCGGAACACUUGGUGGGAUCUGGAAACGGAAAGCCAGGUCCAUGCCUGGGAUGGAGACCCAGACUCGGGGCUGCGUUGUGGCCCUGGAGUAGGGGUACACACCGGGGACAGACUGAAAGGACGGCCGGGAACCGUGGAUGGAGGCCCAGAUCUGGGGUCCCGGGGGACCGAGACCCGACCCAGCAUGGAGCAUGUAUAAGGGCCCUGUGCUGGUGUCUGAUCUGAGGGAGGUCUGGAGGUGGGGGAGACAGCUGGGCAUUGAGGAAGCGGCCCGGGGCAGCGGGCAGAGGUGGAUCCCGAGGGAGAGUCUCCAUGGGGGCGUGUCCCGGCUGCUGUGAGCCCGAGGUCAGUGGGGCGACUGGAUAAGUCUGCCCAAAGGUGAGCAGUUAAGAAGAGGCUGGACCUUCUGCAGAGCAGAAGGGACCCAGCCCUGGCUCUCCCCUCUUCUCGGAGAGAAGGCGGCCGGCCCGUCAGGUUAGUGGGCCCAGACAAACCGGCUGGUGGGCGCUCCCGUGCGGCUCCUCUCUGACGGCUCUGUGUCGUGUGCGCUCUCUCCCGACGGUUGCUUUCUCAGUGGGAGGCUGGAGCAGGAGCUGACCACAAGCCAGGGGUCUAGAAGUGCUCGGGCAGGGCUAAGGCCGUCAUGGCCCCGCCGCCACUACUGCCAUCGGCCUCCAGCACUCCAAUCCUGCACGGCGAGUUCGGGUCCUACCCGGCCCACGGCCCGCGCUUUGCCCUCACCCUCACCCCGCAAGCCCUGCACAUACAGCGCCUGCGCCCAAAGCCGGAAGCCCGGCCCCGAGAUGGCCUGGUCCCUCUGGCAGAGGUCUCGGGCUGUGGCACUCUGCAGAGCCGCAGCCCCGCAGACAGCGCAGCCUACCUGUGUGUCUACACCUACCCGCGGGGCCGGCGCGGGGGUCGGCACAGAGCUACGCGGACCUUCCGGGCCGACGGGGCCGCCACCUAUGAGGAGAACCGUGCAGAAGCUCAGCGCUGGGCAACGGCCCUCAUGUGUCUCCUCCGCGGAGUGCCUCUGUCCGGGGACCAGGAAAUCACCCCUGAGCUACUGCCCCGGAGGCCCAGGCUGCUCAUAUUGGUUAAUCCCUUUGGGGGGCGGGGCCUGGCCUGGCAGCGCUGUAUGGACCACGUGGUGCCCAUGAUCUCCGAAGCUGGGCUGUCCUUUAACCUCAUACAGACAGAACGACAGAACCAUGCCCGUGAGCUGGUGCAGGGGUUGAGCCUGAGUGAGUGGGAAGGCAUUGUCACUGUCUCCGGAGACGGGCUGCUUUAUGAGGUGCUGAACGGGCUCCUUGAUCGCCCAGACUGGAAAGAUGCCGUGCGGAUGCCCAUUGGGGUCCUCCCCUGCGGUUCCGGCAAUGCACUGGCUGGGGCGGUUAACCACCGUGGCGGGUUUGAGCCGGCUGUCGGCGUGGACCUGCUGCUCAACUGCUCCCUGCUUCUCUGCCGCGGUGGCAGCCAUCCUCUGGACCUGCUCUCGGUCACGCUGGCCUCGGGAUCCCGCUGCUUUUCCUUCCUGUCAGUGGCCUGGGGAUUCUUGUCGGAUGUGGACAUCCACAGCGAGCGUUUCAGGGCCCUGGGUGGCGCUCGCUUCACCCUGGGGGCGGUGCUCGGCCUGGCCACACUGCAUACCUAUCGCGGACGCCUCUCCUACCUCCCCGCCACCACAGAGCCAGCCGUGCCCAUCCCAGGCCACAGCCUGCCUCGGGCCAAGUCGGAACUAGCCUUGGCCCCAGCCCCGGCCCCAGCCGUCACCCACUCUCCCCUGCACCGUUCAGUGUCUGACCUGCCCCUGCCUCUGCCCCAGCCUGCCUUGGCCUCCCCUGGCUCCCCUGAACCCCUACCUGGCCUUUCCCUCAAUGGCAGUGGCCCAGAGCUGACCGGGGACUGGGGGGGAGCCGGGGAUGCACCUCUGUCCCCAGACCCACUGCUGCCCUCGCCCCCCAACUCUCCCAAAACAGCUCAGCUUUCACCCAUCACCGAAGGGCCCCCGGAAAUGCCAGCAUCCUCGGGGUUCCCACCUCCCACCCCCAGUGCUCCGAAAGUCUCUACCUGGGGCCCAGCAGACCACCUUCUUCCCCCCCUCGGCUCUCCACUGCCCCCGAACUGGGUGACAAUAGAGGGGGAGUUUGUACUCAUGUUGGCCAUCUUGCCCAGCCACCUCAGUGCGGACCUGGUGGCCGCCCCACACGCCCGACUUGACGACGGCGUGGUGCACCUCUGCUGGGUGCGCAGCGGCAUCUCCCGGGCCGCGCUGCUCCGCAUUCUGCUGGCCAUGGAGCACGGAAACCACUUCAGCUUGGGCUGCCCGUACCUGGGCUACGCUGCAGCUCAUGCCUUCCGCCUCGAGCCGCUCACGCCUCGGGGCGUGCUCACUGUGGACGGGGAGUUAGUGGAGUACGGGCCCCUGCAGGCGCAGGUGCAUCCCAGUCUCGCCACACUGCUCACUGGGCCUGCGGGCCAAAAGCCGUAAACCUAAGGGAGCCCGAGACACGCCGUGGUGGGACUAGAGCACCAGAGGCUAUGGCCUGGCUUUAUAGGUAGAGGCAGGACCGGGAUUCAGAAUAGCGAGAGUGGCGAUUGGGUCUGACCGAGCGGAGGGCGGGGCCUUGCCUUCCUCGCUGUCCAAUGACGGGGCCUGGAAUGUAUGAGCUAGCAAGGCCUCAGCUCAUUGGCCAGCCAGGGUUUCUUCUUGCUUACUCCGGUGCCUCCACUUGACUGGCCAAUCAGCCCUUGAGGGGCAGGUUCCCCCAGGCGGUCCCCAGGAUUUGCACUAAUGGUCCGCCCCUUGCCGGUGAGGGGUGGGUAAAUUCACUUCUCAUGUUCUGUCUUGUGUGUCCCUGGUCUAAAAAGCAACUGAAAAGGUCUAUGCAAUAAAGGCGUCGCUUUCUUCUUCGCCCCGUC